AUGUGGCCUCCGUCCCGAUUUGGUUUAGCCUGUCCUUGGCGGCCGUCCGCACUCGGUUUGGCUCGCCCGCUGCGGCCCCGCCCAUUGGCCCCGCCUGCGCUUCUUGACCCGAUCGGGCCUGGCGUCGUCGACCUCACGCCGCCUGAAGGUACAUCCGUCGUCCUCCCCCUCUACUAUAUAAGGCUCGCUGCUCUCCCUCCCAUCUCCACGCACCUCCAUCGUCCUGAUUUUCCUCAAGCUCUGCCCCUGAUGCGAUCCCCCCCCUUCCCCUCCCCUUUUCGCCGACCCCUUUUCGCGGCUCCCCCUUGUCUCUCAUCUGCCGACCUUCCUUCCCCGGACCUACCUGCUGUUCUCCGGCUGCGUUUCACCGCCCACCCUCCGGCGUUUCUAUCUGCCCUCCUGCAGCUCACAUUCUUUGGAGAGACGUCGACCUCCUCCCUGGAGGCCAAUUAUCCACGCCUGGCUCUUGUCGUCUAUUCUACCCUGGCUUCCAUUUACAAUUGUAGCGCUUUCUUCUCUCCAAACGCACUCACUCACCCCUCUCAACGGAGCCUGCUUUCCUCGUCCGCCCUCUCUCUGGUCUCAUCCCCAUCCCUAUCCCCCUGUCUCCCAUUGAAACCCGAUUACGCACGCACAAUGCGCCGUUCACCAAUGGCAAAAAUGCCUCAUGCCCGCGGAGUUCAGGCCUGCGUCAGCUCGGGCUGCCCUCUACGCCGCUCGACGGCGUGCAAGCUGCAUCGACCAAUUGCAAAAAUGACUCAUGUCGGCGAGGCCGAGCGCAUGAUGGACGAUAUCUACUGCGCCCGUAUGUCCGCACGGGAAUGUGGACCCUUGGCAGCUGAGCGUGCUGCACUCUCGCCUGAGCAUUGCAUGAUGAGUGCGGAGCUGGUGUUCUAUGAGAUCCGGGAUAGCCGUUUGUGGGAGGCUCGGUUGACCCGUUCCCGUCUUUUCGUGUUUCAAUUUGAGAUUAUGUGCGUGUUAGCUGAGCUGGAUGUCGUGUACGAACGGACGGCGGAUGAGGAGUGGCCGCGACGACCUGGUCCCGGCGCUCUCGCAACUCGGAACAAAAAAUUUGAUGGGCUGAGCGGUGGGUUGGAGACAUGGGCCGUCGAGGUAGAAGUCACCGUCGCCGCGGGUUGGGUUACAUCCAAUAUGCAUCCCCAUCCCAUUGAGCUGAAUGUGCAUGCAGCGCGGGUCCGGCCUGCAAUUUCGGCCAGGUGCACAGCAUUGCGCCGGCGAUGGCCGCGCGAGGCAGGAAAUAAAGCGCAGUUCAAAGAAGCGAAUAUGGCCAUCAGCCUAGACAAGAUCAUCCCGUUCCAGCCCCCGUCCCUCCCCAUCUCACCAGAUACCCUUCCCCUCAAACCGUUGUCAGCACCAGCACCCGCGGGGCCACCUCCUGCGUUGCUCCCAAAGGCCGUUCCUCAGCACCUCUCGCACCCCCAGCACCCGUUGCCGCCCAAGCCCCAGUUUUCUCCCCUCCCCGAAUCUACAUCCGCAGAUGAACGGGCCCAACAGUCCGCAAAGAAGCAAAUAGAUCUUGGAUGCCCGUUCAGCGAUAUCGAGUUUCUCGACUUAACGGGCCUCGAGCACUCCGAGAUUGAAACUUGUGAUGGUCCCGCGUGCACGGUCGAAGAUGAUGCAUCUAAACAGGCUCCUCGCCCAGCGCACCAGCUGUCCCUAGAGCCUUACUCAGGCACUGAAUAUACACAAUCUAAGUUUGACGGAAACGCAGAGAUUCUGGAGGCCGUCGAAAUUCCAGAAUCCCCCUCUCUGGAGUGUUCGCCCGCAGUGCCUGCGGCUGAGGACGGGAUUGAAUCACCGUCCCCCUUGCGCUCUCAGAGGCCGGUGGACGUGACGCCCGGGGGUGCUUUAGCACCUAUCCUGAUCGACUCGGAUGACGACGAAACCGAUGUCGAAGGCCCGCAGGGUACCGCAGACAAUGCCCACACCGAGCCACUGCCUGAUUGUGGUGCUCUGGAGCCUUGCGCAGAUCCGCGCGACGAGGAUGAGCGGAUAAAGGGAGAGCCAUCGCCGUCACCGUCGCCAUCAUCGUCUCAGCCGCUGCGCAUGGUGGCGGUGGAGGUUCCCGCCCGCCGUGUCACCCCGCACGCCCCUUCCAGCCAGUGUCCAUCGGUCCCCAUCGCUCGUGAGGCAGACGAUAACGAAGGUGACGGCGACAGUGGCUAUGUAGACAGCGAGGGCGAGGACGACGUUGCAGCAGCAUCAAAGCGGCGGAAGGUCGCCAUACCACCGCCGUCCGCCUGUCGCGCGCCCUCGGGCCCGUCCUCCCUGCCGGCGGACGCCAUUGUGUCGCUGACGCUUGGAAUUAGCUCGGUCGUUCACCCUUGUAUCACGGAACAUAUACAGGCAUAUGCACAGGGGCAUGGGAGGGUCGCAAAUAGCGUGGUGGACGCGUCGACGCUGGGGUCCGAUAUCAUCUCGGCCGUGGUCUCUCACUUGAUGGGGAGCCCGGUGGUGACCGGCAGUAUAGCUCCCGACAGACUCGGAGACCCUGAGGCUACGAGGUGCAACAAAGCGGCGAGCUGCACAGAUGGGCGAGGUACGGCACCGCGAUGGUCUGAGGCUGAGAUAAACCUCCUCCUGUCCCUGAUGGACGACAGUCAGCCCUUGACUGAGGCAGUGGCAGCGGAGCGUUUACCUGGGAGAAGCUGGGCAUCCGUGCAACAGAGACGCUCAAUUCUCCGAAAAGACAAGAAGGCGGGAGACAAGAAGCUAUCCGACCACGCGGGCUCGAUGUUCGCUCUGAUCGAAGAGGGAGACGUUCGACUAUUCGCUGAGCUCGGCCGCGCCUGCCCGGCAACUCUCGACAACGACGGAAUAUUCCAACUGGGCGGUGAGGACAGGGUCGAUCGGUAUACCCGCUGGGACACCGCUCCGCUGGUGGUCAAGGUCGGGUGGCCGCCGCGCCCGCUGUCCCUGGGAGAAAACCUAGUAGCUUCCUCGGGUCGGCAGGGUAUCCAUUGA